CGAGGGUAGGGGCGCUUACGGCAGUUCGGCAGCCUCCGGGAUCCAAUGUAGGCCGGGGAUUUGGCCAAAAUUUGGCCCUCAGGGAUCCUAUCCGGGGCCGAACAUCUGGGGGAGUCGCCCAGGUCCUGGUCGUGCAUCCUUGUCUUGUGACCGACCUGCGCUCGAUCAGCACGUGAAGCUGGUCGAAUUGAGCCAGAUUCCGAUCCGAGGAUGAGCCCUGGCGGUCCGGCUGGGAAAGUUGUACCAACUAUUGGCCGUUUGAUCAGCUUGGUCUGCCAGUGGAUCGUAGAAUCGACUCUACCUGAUCGUUGUUAGAGCGAGUAGGCGGUUCAGAGAGUGACCCUACUAUUGUCUCGCCAGAGUCGUCAACAUGGGACAUCUCAUAACGGUCGCAACUUGCUCACUCAAUCAGUGGUCACUGGACUUUGGGGGAAACCUGGAGCGUAUCCUCGCCAGCAUCCGGAUAGCCAAGGAGAGAGGAGCAACUCUGCGCGUCGGUCCUGAGCUCGAGAUCACAGGUUACGGAUGCCAGGAUCACUUCCUAGAGGGUGACACAGCUCUGCACUCAUGGGAAGUUCUGGCCAAGAUCCUCGAGUCCGACGAAGCCAAGGGCAUCUUGUGUGACAUUGGAAUGCCUAUUACGCACAAGAAUGUCAUCUAUAACUGCAGGGUCAUCAUAUACGACGGGAAGAUCCUCCUCAUCCGACCUAAGAUGUGGAUGGCGAAUGACGGCAACUACCGCGAGCUGCGGUGGUUCACGCCGUGGAUGAAGCACAGGUCUACCGAAGAGCAUUACCUACCAAGAAUCAUACAGAAACUCACUGGCCAGAUCAAAGUGCCCUUCGGCGAUGCCGUCGUCAGCACCAAAGACACCUGUAUCGGCGUUGAGCUGUGCGAAGAGCUCUUCACGCCCGCAAGUCCUCACAUUCUUAUGGGCCUCGACGGCGUGGAGAUCUUCACGAAUUCGAGCGGUAGCCACCAUGAGCUUCGCAAGCUGUACAGGCGUGUGGAUCUGAUUAGAGAGGCCACCUCCAAGGUCGGAGGGAUCUACCUCUACGCCAACCAGCAGGGGUGCGACGGCGACCGGCUCUACUACGACGGCUGCGCGAUCAUCGCUGUUAAUGGGCACGUCAUCGCGCAGGGCUCGCAGUUCUCCCUCCAGGACGUCGAGGUCGUGACCGCGACGAUCGACAUCGAGGACGUGCGCGCGCACCGGGCGGCCAGUAGCCGGAGCAUGCAGGCUGCGGCUGCGGAGCGUUAUCAGCGCAUCGAAGUCGAUUGGGCGUUGUCUGGAGGCAAGUUCGGCAUCAGCGAAGAGGGCGAGCCUGGCGAUCUGGCUAUGACCGACCGGAGGUUUGAAGUGAGGUUUCACAAACCGGAAGAGGAGAUAGCGCUGGGCCCGGCGUGUUGGCUAUGGGACUACCUGAGGCGUUCUAGGACACAGGGAUACUUCGUCCCUCUUAGCGGUGGUAUCGACAGUUGUGCGACUGCGGUCAUCGUCUAUUCAAUGUGUCGCCUCGUUGCCGACGCCGCCAAGAACGGAGACCAGCAAGUCAUCACGGAUGCUCGUCGUAUUGCAGGAGAGCCCGAGGACUCUUCGUACGUCCCUACUGACGCGCGCGAGUACUGCAAUCGGAUCUUCCACACGUGCUACAUGGGCACGGAGAACUCCAGUAUCGACACUAGGCGGAGGGCGAAGGAGCUGUCAGAAGCUAUCGGCAGCUACCACACGGAUCUGAACAUGGACACGCUCGUUACUGCUGUGCGCAGCCUGUUCUCGUUCGUCACUGGAGUCAAGCCGCAGUUCCGCGCACAUGGCGGGUCGCCCGCGGAGAACCUUGCACUGCAGAACAUCCAGGCACGCCUGCGUAUGGUGCUCGCGUACUUGUUCGCCCAACUUCUGCCCUGGGUGCGAGGGCGGACAGGAGGGCUCCUCGUCCUUGGUAGCGCUAACGUCGACGAGAGCUUGAGAGGUUACCUGACCAAGUACGACUGCUCUUCUGCGGAUGUCAACCCAAUCGGUGCAAUCAGUAAGACCGAUUUGAAGCGGUUUAUCGCUUGGGCGAAGGACGCGUUCGGACUUCCCAUCUUGGAACAGUUCUUGACUGCCGUCCCCACGGCAGAGCUCGAGCCUAUCACCGAGAACUACGUGCAGGCCGAUGAGGCUGACAUGGGCAUGACUUACGACGAGCUGUCUGUCUUCGGUCGCCUGCGUAAGGUCGAGAAGUGUGGGCCGUACAGCAUGUUCACAAAGCUUGUCCAUGAAUGGGGAUCCUUCCUGUCUCCGACGCAAAUCGCGGACAAGGUCAAGCUAUUCUUCUUCGAGUAUGCGAGGAACCGCCACAAGAUGACGACCCUGACACCGUCCUACCACGCUGAGCAAUACAGCCCCGACGACAACAGGUUCGAUCUGCGACCGUUCCUGUACCCCUCCCGCUUCCCCUGGCAAUUCAAGAAGAUCGAUGAUGUCGCGGCCGGGUUGCCAGACAGAUCUCAGUCCAAAGCUAAGACAGAGUAAGAGAUGUAUUGGCGCAUUGAUCAGUCGAGAAGCAAUAAAGAUAGAGGUAUGUAUGAGACACAAGAGAUGUAUGUAAAGGUAUCUGUGUAGAGAAAUGCUACUAUACAAUCCUUCCGUGACGUGAAUUAGCUCCUGUUGAGCAGACGUGAGAGUGCUCCCUGCACCGUGACCUUCUUCAUGAUCGUUGGUUCUGCCGCUGUACAAGAGGUUCAGCGUGCUAUCACAU